AAACCCCUCCAAAAACCUAAACGCCGGGCCUCCAGCCCCCAAAUCGUCGCCACCUUCCAUCCACUCUCAUGGGUUGUUCCCUCCACCCUGCUCAUUCAAUCCAACUAAUCUCUUCAACUUCUCCCUCCUUACCAAAGCUCAUCUACCCAUGGGUCUCCGUUCCGUCGAGCCACUUGCAGAGCUUCCAUCGUAGAGCUCGUUCCACAGUGCGGUGCUCGUUAUCUUUCGACCCGGUGGAGUCAGCGAAGAUCAAGGUGGUGGGUGUUGGAGGCGGCGGGAACAAUGCAGUCAAUCGUAUGAUCGGGAGCGGGUUGCAGGGUGUGGACUUUUAUGCCAUUAACACUGAUGCUCAAUCUUUGCUGAAUUCGCAAGCAAGUAAUCCAUUGCAAAUUGGAGAACUUUUGACACGUGGACUUGGGACUGGUGGAAAUCCUCUUCUUGGAGAGCAAGCUGCUGAGGAAUCCAGAGAAGCUAUAGCUAAUGCUAUUAAGGAUUCAGAUCUUGUUUUUAUUACAGCAGGUAUGGGCGGUGGGACUGGAUCCGGUGCAGCACCCGUUGUUGCACAGAUAUCGAAGGAAGCUGGCUAUCUUACUGUUGGAGUGGUUACUUAUCCAUUUAGUUUUGAAGGCCGCAAAAGAUCUUUGCAGGCUCUGGAGGCCAUAGAGAAGUUACAGAACAAUGUUGAUACUCUUAUUGUGAUACCCAAUGACCGACUCUUGGAUAUUGUCGACGAGCAAACGCCUCUUCAAGAUGCGUUUUUCCUCGCAGAUGAUGUUCUACGCCAAGGUGUUCAGGGAAUUUCGGAUAUCAUAACGAUUCCCGGACUGGUCAAUGUAGAUUUUGCUGACGUAAAGGCUAUCAUGAAGAACUCCGGUACGGCCAUGCUCGGCGUUGGUGUUUCCUCAAGCAAAAAUCGAGCACAGGAAGCCGCCGAACAAGCAACGUUGGCACCCCUUAUUGGUUCUUCCAUCGAAUCUGCUACUGGAGUUGUGUUCAAUAUAACUGGUGGAAAGGACAUCACUUUACAAGAAGUUAACAGAGUUUCUCAGGUUGUCACUAGCCUGGCUGAUCCCUCUGCAAACAUAAUUUUUGGCGCCGUCAUCGACGAUCGUUACACGGGCGAGAUCCACGUAACGAUCAUCGCGACAGGAUUCUCAGAAUCAUUCCAGAAAACUCUUCUUACUGAUCCGAAAGCGACGAAGAAAUCCGAAACCCAACCGAACGAAAUCAAAGUUGGAUUAGCCCCCACCAACUCAUCCCCGGUUACAUCCAGGCAGCGUAAGCUCUUCUUCUGACAACCUUCUAAACCCAAUUGAUUUGUUUUCUGUGUCCAGGUAUUUAUGCAUUUUGGUCCCUGUAUUUUUGUAAAUUGACAAGGCCCUCUGAAGCCUCUAGCUGAGUUUUAUAGAGAUCAUUCCCUGCUAGGCUUGUUUGGUUCUAUUAUUUUUGGCUUUAUGGGGACAAAAAUUUGGGAUUCAUUUCU